ACAGUACCCCCUCCGCGAAACUUGUCACCGCAGCAGCCGAUGAAGCUGUCAUCCCUUGGCUUUUCAGCUUAAGAAUCACCAUUUUCUUUAGAUUUAAAUAAAAAGUGUAUUGUAAAAUGUAUUUGUAUAAUGGAAAUAUCCUCAAUUAUAAGUUACUAGGUUCAUUUAUUAUUUUGGUAAGUAAUGUAAACAUUGGAAACCCUCUUUAAAUAACACAAGAUUGUGACGUAUGAACUGUUGAUUUUAUGGUUUAAUACGGCAAAUUAAUUGGUGUAUAAUUGUUCUAAAAAUAUUUGGUUUCAGUUCUGCCACAGUUUUUACAACCCUACUGAUAGCGGUGCAGUUCAAAUUACUCAAAGUAAUUUAGAUAUGGUAUUAGCUUCCAAUGAGGUUGUGUUCAUAAAUUUCUAUGCUGAAUGGUGUAAAUUUAGUAAUAUGUUGAUGCCCAUUUUUGAUGAAGCAUCAGAUGAAGUGUCGAAAGCUGGCUAUGACCCUGGUAAAGUUGUAAUGGGUAAAGUUGACUGUGAUAAGGAAGGAGCUAUAGCAACAAGAUUUCACAUAACAAAGUAUCCUACUUUAAAGCUUUUUAGAAAUGGUUUGCCAGCUAAAAAAGAGUACAGAGGACAAAGAUCUGCAGAAGCUUUUGCAGAAUUCAUCAAGAAACAGCUCACUGAUCCAGUUGUUACCUUUGGAUCCCUGAAAGAACUGCUUGAUCUCAGUGAAGAUAAAAGGCAUAUCAUAGGCUACAUGGAUAGAAGAGAUCAACCUGAGUAUGAUGUCCUAAGGAAGGUGGCUGCUAAUCUUAAAGAUGAAUGUCUAUUCCAUGUUGGUUUUGGAGAUGCUUCACAGCAAAUGCACCCUCCAGGUCAACCAGUUGUUGUAUUUAGAGCUGACAAGAAAACAUCAACAGAACCUGAUGAAACCUACAAAGGUUCUCUGACCAGCUUUGAUGAACUAUUUAGUUGGGUACAGGAGAAGUGCAUCCCAUUAGUUCGAGAGAUAACAUUUGAAAAUGCUGAGGAGUUGACUGAAGAAGGGCUGCCGUUCCUGAUUCUUUUCCAUCAUCCAAGUGAUACUGAUAGCGUGAAGAAAUAUAAAGAAAUCAUUAGCAGAGAAUUAGAAGGUGAAAAACAGAACAUAAAUUUCCUGACGGCGGACGGCGUCAGGUUCGAGCACCCAUUACACCACCUCGGCAAGUCGACAUCAGACCUGCCUCUUAUCGCCAUAGAUUCCUUCAGGCACAUGUACCUCUUCCAUGAUUACAAGCAGAUGGAUGAACCAGGGAAACUGUAUCAGUUCCUUCAAGAUUUGUACUCUGGCAAGUUGCAUAGGGAAUUCCAUUACGGGCCGGACCCAGCAGUACCAGCUAUAAGUGACGUAAAAAUGACUACUCCACCGGAGUCCACUUUCAAGAAAUUGGCUCCAUCCAAAAACAGAUACACUCUACUUCGAGACGAGUUAUAAAGAUGUAGCCUUUAGGUCAUGCAAUUUAGUGUAAGAGGUGGUCUCUUAUUAAUGUGAAAUUAUAAAAUGUUUUUAUCUCGCCCGUGUUAUUACUACACACAUCAGUCGCCAGAGGAACAUGUAAUUUGAAGAUUGUUCUCGGUUUUGAAAAAGCAAAGAAAUUAGAAAAUUUCACUCAAUUUAUUCG